CUCACCAAUUUACUGAUUAUAUCGAAGUUCUUAAUGAAAAAGCUAAUGAAUGGCAAAAUUAUACAAUUUGUCAUGCUUGCCGUAAUGCUGUUGGUAGACCUACUGCCUUGCUUCAAAAGUUUUCAACUAAAAGUAGUAAAGAAGCUAUAUUAAAAAUAUUGGGUAUUGGAUUAAAAGAAAUAGAAAAGCAGGAUACAAGAUCUUAUUCAGGUGAAAGAAUCUUAAAUUAUGAAAUAGAAGAGCUUGAAAUUAAUAUGAAAAUAAAGCUUAAAAGUGAUUCUGUUGGUUCAAUACUUGCUUUUGAUA